CUCUAACUCUAAUGAUAUUUCAUACUUCCUUCAGGAUCCUUUUGCUUCGAUGCUCCAACUUCGAUUAUCCGCCAUGGUCCACAGUCUUUGACCGACACGCCGUAUCGAUCACUCUCCUUUUCUCUCAACACUCUCAACUAAACUAUAUCAAUCAAUCCAAUCUAAGCAACCAUGACGGACAAGAUGGACGAAGACAAACCUGUUGUAGUGAAAAAGGUCAAGAAAGCGACCAUGGGCCAACCGUCGGCAUCGGAAGACUCGGCAUCCAAGUAUCCCGACAUGGCCCUCUGUCAAAAGAUUCAUCGACUGACCACCAAACAGACACUUGCCUUUUCAAAAGACGAACAACAAGCCGUCUUUGAUAAAAUUGCCAAAGAACUCGAGAAUCCCUCCUUGUACAAACACGUCGUCGAAAUGGCCGGCAGCGACGUGUGUGGCGCAUUGACUCUGCUCACGGACACGCAGUUGGCCGAAAUGGAAACCAAAAACAAAACGACACUGGAGGAAUUGGAAGCCAAGGUGGAGGAAGCCAAGGAAAGUGCCGGGGAUAUGGAAGUCAUGGAUGCCCGGGUGGAAGUGGCACGUUUUGCCGCAAAGAGCUUGUCCGAAACAGAUGCGCUGGCUGCCUAUGGCAAACUCAUUGAUUUGCCCAAAAUUAGUAGUGGCAAAAAGAUUGAUGCCCUCAUGGAAACCUCGCGGGUUGCAUCCUUUUACGGGGAUACCAAAAAGAGUGACGAGUAUAUUGAUAAGGCCCACAAAUUGGCCACGGAAGGAUCGGGUGGAGAUUGGGAUCGUCGCAAUCGUCUCAAGGUCUACCGCGCAUUGUCCAAUUUACUCGCACGAGACAUGAAGGGCGCGGCAUCACUCUUGGUCGAUUGCAUUGCCACUUUUUCCUGCAAUGAAAUUUGUUCCUAUCAAGAUUUCAUUGUCUACACCAUCCUCUCCAAUUUGCUGCACAUUCCACGUCCGCUCCUCAAGGAAAAGAUUAUCGAUGGACCCGAAAUUCUCUCCGUGGCGAGUGAAAUUCCCGUCGUCAUUCAAUUGACCCAAUCUCUCUACGACUGCGAUUACAAGGCAUACCUUCAUGCCAUGGUGGAACUAGAGGGAAUCUUGUUUGCCGAUCGCUAUCUCUUUCCUCAUGCCGCCUUUUGGAUGCGAGAAUUGCACAUUUUGGCCUACAAACAAUUCUUGGAUGCCUACCAGAGUGUCACAUUGGCCGCCAUGGCCAAGAGUUUUGGUGUCUCGACCGAUUUUAUCGAUUAUCAUGCCAGUCGAUUCAUUGCGGCCGGGCGAUUGAGUGCCAAGAUUGACAAAUUCGGUGGUGUCAUUGUCACCAAUCGACCCGAUUUGAAGAAUGCCCAAUACCGGGAUAUGAUCCAAAAGGGAGACUUGUUGCUCAAUCGCAUUCAAAAGUUGGCGCGGGUGGUGGAUGUGUAAAUAAUGCAAUGGAUGAAGGAAUAAUGAAUGAAUGAUUGAGGAGCGGAAGUAGAUAGAUGCAUGCAUGGAAGGAUGAGAUACCGUAGUUGGCUGGACGGUGUUGUGAUGGAAUGAACUGACAAUUUCCGAAGCAAGCCUACUACAGGUCCGUAGAGAAAGCAAAGAAAAACUCUACAGAACAUGACUAGUAUUGGGAUAGAUACAUCGUAGUGAUCCAAUUUCUACACAAGGAUUAACUAACUCAGUUCUCGCAUCUACCGCAGCUAAAUACCAGGUAGUAAGGUAGCAUUCCGGUCUGUGCAGAGGAUACGUAACCAAGCAUCACCAGUCAAGUCGGAAUACCAAAUGAUUGUUGUACUGUAGUAGAUUGAUGUCUUUGGUACUCUCUGAAAUGGAAUACCGGUAGCAUGGUACACUGAUACUUGUAUCUUGAAUCUUCCUUUCUUGGAAAUAAUGGAGGGUAUUAGCAGGUAGCUAUUAUUAGGCAAUGGUGGUGGCAAAAUUCAGUCUUCUUUUCUUCUCGUGGCAAGACGUGCUGAUUUUCUGGAGGUUGUCCUUGGCGCACUGAGCGACUUUUGUGUGGAUUCCACACUACUACUACUGUUACCAAGGGUUACCAUGAAAAGUACCACACCAAUCAAGAUGACGACCUGAUUGCGAGAAACAAGAAAGAAAACAAAUGAGAGAUCUACAAUAGAAUCAACCAAGAUAUCUCAGAGUGAGCUCACCACCACAAUCAGCAACGGUAAUUGGAGUUCUUCUGGGACCAUAGUUUGCUGUUGCUUGGCUGUUGCGACAGUACUCCUCAAGACAAGGAACAGGAGCUGUGUCGAGGAGUUUUGGCAAAAGCGGAAUUGUGAGGCCUUGGUUGUUUGGGACUGGAUCUUUCUUGAUUCGUGACUGGACG